AUGAAGCUGAUGAUGAGUGAUUAUAAAGUCGAGCUUAUAAAUGACAGUAUGAUCGAGUUCAACGUCUACUUUCACGGACCUAAAGAGAAUUUGAUCAACGUGUUUGAGGUCUUCCUUCCACAGCUCCUGCUUUACCCGAAUCCAACUGAUCCUCUGAAUGGCGAAGCCGCAGCUAUGCUCAUGCGAGACCCAGAGCAAUACAGGCAGAAAGUGAAAGAAUACUGCUUACGAUACGGCAAGGCGGAGGAUUUAGCCAGAAGGCACAAGGCGGAUUCUGACGAUGACGAUAGCGAAGAUUUGAGCGACUAUGAUGACAACGAUGCUUCCAGCGAUGAAGAGAUGGCUGGGCCGACGGAUUUAUAA